UGUAAAUCAACCACGUUAAUGCCGGCAUUGCAUCAUGGCCGAGUCUGGAGCAGAUGUGAAGCCUAAACUUCAAGACGAAAUCCGCGCUCAAGGUGAAAUAGUUCGCAAACUGAAGGCAGAAAAUGGAGACGCUGAGAAGAUUAAAGAGGAGGUUGACAAACUAUUAGCUUUAAAAAAGUUAAAGGAAGAUGCUCCAUCAUCAAAGAAUUUUGUCCUCAAAUGUCCAAAGGGCACCAAGGAUUACACCCCCCUGCAGAUGGCCAUCCGGGAGAGUGUAUUCAAUACCAUAAUCACAUGCUUCAAACGCCACGGAGCAGAAACCAUUGAUACACCAGUGUUUGAGCUCAAAGAAACACUGACAGGGAAGUAUGGUGAAGACUCGAAGCUGAUUUAUGAUUUGAAAGAUCAGGGAGGAGAACUCUUGUCGCUUCGUUAUGAUUUAACUGUGCCAUUUGCACGUUACCUGGCCAUGAAUAAAGUGAUGAAUAUCAAGCGUUACCACAUAGCAAAGGUGUAUCGCCGUGACAACCCAGCCAUGACAAGAGGGCGGUUCCGCGAGUUUUACCAGUGUGACUUCGAUAUAGCUGGACAGUACGACCCAAUGAUACCUGAUGCUGAAUGUAUAAAGAUCGUCACAGAAAUAUUAUCAAAACUAGAACUAGGAGACUUUGUAAUAAAGGUCAACCAUAGAAAAUUGUUGGAUGGGAUGUUUGCAGCGUGUGGCGUACCAGAUGAUAAAUUUAGAACAAUUUGUUCCUCCGUAGAUAAACUUGACAAGACUUUCUGGGAAGAUGUACGAACAGAGAUGAUUGAAGAGAAGAAGUUAGACCCCGAAGCAGCAGACAAAAUUGGAAAAUAUGUCAAACUGCAAGGUAAAACUGUUAACUCCGCAUGUUACCACACGUAUACAACUAAUUUCGCGUCCUAUUAUACAGAGUUAUCUACGAGGGAGUCCUCAAAGGUGAGUCGCGUCCUAUUAUACAGAGUUAUCUACGAGGGAGUCCUCAAAGGUUUUACCCACGACCCAAGUAAAAAAAAGGGGGAGGAAACUGUAUCCGUUGGAAGUGUGGCAGGAGGAGGACGAUACGAUGGACUUGUUGGAAUGUUUGACCCCAAAGGUCGUAAAGUACCAUGUGUUGGCGUUAGUAUAGGCAUAGAGAGGGUAUUUGCCAUCAUGGAGGCCAGAGCCAUUGCCGCCAAGUCAAAGAUCAGAACCACAGAGACUGAGGUUUACGUUGUGUCUGCCCAGAAAGGUUUGCUGGAGGAACGCCUAAAACUCUGCCGAGAAUUGUGGGACGCCAAUAUCAAGACAGAGCAGGCGUACAAGGCCAACCCCAAGCCUUUAACACAGUUCCAGUACUGUGAGACAGCCGGAAUACCCCUGGCUGUUAUUAUAGGGCAGUCCGAGAUAGAGAACCAGUUUGUAAAGCUGAGAAACACCGUCACACGGGAGGAGAAAAAUGUACCAAGAGACCAAAUGAUAGCAGAAAUAAAGUCUGAGUUAGAGAAGAUGGCGUAGUGUGUAAUGGGAUCAACACUUUUAACUUAUUUAAGGAAAGAUGAUCUAGGAUUCUAUAGGAACAGUACAGGAUUCAAUGAUGCAGUUGUACAGUUGUAUCCUGGCUUGCACAGCAUCAACAUUCAUCUUUUGUUUAAUGAAGACAAUGUUUGGUACAAGUUACAGCCACAGAUGUUGAAUAUGGUACCACCACUGAUGUGAUAAGUGCUCUUCUAAAGUGGAUUAAAGGAGUUUGGAUAAUUAACUACAAACUACAAUAUGAUUAGAUUAAAUGUGUGACUUUACGUGAUGUAGAUACAUACAGUGGACCCGCGAUAAUCCGGACGCCGAUAGUCCGGAAAACUCACAGUCCAGACGGAAAUGCACGGGAACGGAUUUCCGUAACGUUAUUUGUACUCACCAGUCCGGAAAUUCGGAUUCCGAUUCCGGAAGCCCAUUUUGGGAACGGAACAUACUUUUCAUUAGUAAAUUUCCCUCAAUAAUCCGGACGAUUUUUUCACCACGAGGAGAAAAAAAUGUCGGGGCAAGUCACCCGUGUCGACAGCUGUACAGACUAUCGCUUGACACUGUGCGUAGUCA